UGGGCAUACUCUACAAUAACACUAGGGAUGGGAAUGCUAAAUUCUGCCUUCAGCUUUUACUAUGUGAAACUGUUUUUACACUUACACAAGAUUUCAGAAAUGGCCUUCUAUCAAGCCUAGAUAAUUUUAAUGAUUUGGAAUAUCCUUAAUAACCUGACUGGAUAUUUUUGCAUCCACUUUAAGGCUGAUUGCAGCUUGAGCCGCCAUCUUUCUAUCUUGUACGGAGCCCCUCUAUAUCCAGUAGCCUUCCUGCUCCCUUGGUUCCCUUGGAGACACUAUCAAGAAGGUGACCGGCUUAGUAGACUUCACCUGGUGGCAUCAUUGUGUGCUUUUUAUAGCACACUCACCUAUGUGCAGCAAGCCCACUGUAGACUAUUUGUAGAGACUUUCACUAGUCAUGAAAGUAGGCUUCAACUGAUUAAGAUUAACCAAGUGGCAUCACUAGUAGGAUCUACCAGUAUCCUUUUCUGUGGCCUCUUUUCUAAUAACAUGGAAAUUCUGCCCAAUUUUCAGGCUGCUGCAAUUUUCAUUGCCUUUCUUGCAGCUGCCAGCCUUUGCACUGGCAUGUACCACAUGAGGCAUUUGGAACCUAAAAGAACCCCUGAGGAAAACUUUCUCUUGGAAAGUGAACAGGAUGUUGCCUGGACAUCUGUCUUCUUACUGAUGGAACAAAUCUUGUCCCAGAAAAACUUUUACCUUUUUUUAAUAAUGAAUUUCUUCCAAGUCUUCCAUUUAACUUUCUUCAACAACUUCAUGAUGAUCUUUGCAGAUACUCUCUUUCUCAGCGAUGUUCUUUCUUCUUCCAUGAGAAACAUCAUGUAUGGGGCAGGCUUUAUUUGCCCACAGUGCCUUGUACUCAUCAUUUGGUCCUGGCUGAAAAAAUGUGGUUACUAUAAGAUUAUCUUAAUUUCUUUCUCCCUAGAAGGAGCAGCUUCAAUUGUCAUGUUACUUCUAGGACAGGAAUACUAUUAUUGUCUGGCCCUUUAUCUCACUAUUACCAUGGUGAUUGUGCAGGCUUCUUGUUCUCUAUUUAAUCUGCCACUGGCUGAAAUGCUUGAUGCGGAUUUACUCAAGUCUAAUAGGCAGUCACCCCUUUCUUCAGUAAUUUUUGGCUUCAAUGUUUUGCUUACCAAACCUGCUCAGUCUUUAGCUCCAAUCAUGAUACUGUCAAGGCUGGACCAGUAUGACUGUGGAAACCCAAACAGCAAGUCAAGUAACAAAACCUUUGAAGUCAUGUAA